AGACUACAGUAUCCCCCAACCACCACCGGAAUCGCAAGGAAGGGAAGAAAAACGUAAGAUUGGAAAUAUAAUAGAAAAGGAGAGAGGGAGAGAGAAAAAAAAAAUAGCCGAAUAAACUGUCAAGUGCAUCACACUCGAGCGGACCGCUGAACAACGACCCCGGCCUUGCCCUCUCCCCCACCUACUGAUCAAAAAAGGGUUAUUUCUUACACGGGGCCUGCCGUUAGCCUUACUAGUAGUUCUGAUACAAAGGUCGACGUCGUCCGCCCCGUCGCCUAUCUCCUUUCGCUUCACCUCCCCAUCCUUCUCCACUUGUUUUCUUCACCUUCUUCCAUCUAUCGUCUCGUCUACUCCCUACUUUACCCGAUAUACAAAGAGGAAUAGCAGAGAUGACCGACAGCGUCAAGACUCAAUACCAAUGGCUUAGCCAGCUCAACGUCGACCAUGUUCCCGCCGAGAGGAAUUUCAGGAGAACCUCAAUUAUCUGUACAAUUGGUAUGCGUCUCGAUCCGUUCUCCCUUGCCGGUGGGCUUGUUAAUAAAUCAUUCCUUGUCGAUAGGUCCUAAAACGAACUCGGUGGAGUCUAUCAACAAGCUUCGCAAAGGUACUGAAUUCGUCCAUUACCCCGCCCCCCCCGCUUGUUCAAUGUUUGCUAACAGAUAUUCAACACAGCCGGCUUGAACAUAGUUCGCAUGAACUUUUCCCACGGCUCAUAUGAGGUAAUUCUCCCAUCAACCCUGAUUUUAGCUCAACCCCCGCAAUAUUGUGCUCCUGGCUACGGUCGUCUUUAUGAUGGGAUUCCUGGGAGUGGGGGGUGUUGGCGUUAGUGUUUAGGUUUUGUUAUCGGAGCUGAUAAGCGGACCUACAGUACCACCAAAGUGUCAUCAACAACUCGAGGGAGGCUGAAAAGCAGCAGCCCGGCCGGCCAUUGGCCAUCGCCCUUGAUACCGUACGUUCUCACCAAGGGGGAAAUUUCAUCCUUGUAGAUUUCUUGGACGCAUGCAGUCUGAGAGAAAAUGGGUGUGUGGGGUAUCUACUAAAUUAUCCUGCAGAAAGGGCCCGAGAUCCGUACUGGUAACACCAAGGGAGAUGCCGACCUUCCUAUCUCUGCUGGCGCAGAAAUUAUUAUCACCACAGACGACAAAUAUGUUACCUCCUGCACGGAGGAUAUUAUGUAUGUUUGGGCUUGGUUCUGUUGAACCAAUAAUUUAAUCUUUCUCGCUAAUAUGGUCCAAUUUUUAGGUAUGUUGACUACAAGAACAUCACGAAGGUGAUCGAGCCCGGUCGCAUUAUCUACGUUGACGAUGGUGUCCUUUCGUUUGAGGUCCUGGAGGUCACCGAUGAGAAGAAUAUCAAAGCUCGUUGCCUCAACAACGGCAAGAUCUCAUCUAAGAAGGGUGUGAAUCUUCCCAAGACGGACGUUGAUCUCCCUCCUCUAUCCGAGAAAGACAAGGAAGACCUUCGAUUUGGCGUGAGGAAUGGUGUUCACAUGGUCUUCGCGUCAUUUAUUCGUCGUGGCUCUGACAUUACCGCGAUUCGUGAAGUUCUGGGAGAAGCUGGAAGGGAGAUUCAGAUCAUUGCCAAAAUUGAGAACCAACAGGGUGUGAACAACUUUGAUGAGAUCCUCAGGGAAACCGAUGGAGUCAUGGUUGCUCGCGGUGACCUCGGUAUUGAGAUCCCGCCUGCCCAGGUGUUCAUUGCUCAGAAGAUGAUGAUUGCCAAGUGCAAUCUGGCUGGGAAGCCCAUUAUUUGUGCAACCCAGAUGUUGGAGUCCAUGACAUACAAUCCUCGCCCCACCCGCGCUGAAGUCUCAGACGUUGGUAAUGCAGUGCUUGAUGGUGCAGACUGUGUUAUGUUGUCCGGCGAGACCGCCAAGGGUAAUUACCCAAUUGAGUCUGUUACAAUGAUGCACGAGACCUGCCUACUCGCAGAGACCGCUAUCAGCUAUGUUCCGCUGUUUAACGAACUCCGUGGGUUGACCAAGAGACCAACCGGGACAAGUGAGACCUGCGCUAUAGCGGCUGUCAGUGCCAGCGUUGAGCAGGAGGCCAGUGCUAUCAUUGUUCUGAGUACUAGGUAUGAUCACACCAUCAUUUUAAACACAUCCGGAUCUGCUGAUUCCCUUAUCAUAGUGGGUCCACUGCCCGCUUGAUCUCGAAAUAUAGGCCAAGCUGCCCAGUUCUUAUGGUGAGUAAAUUCCUACCAUCCCGAAUACCGAUUGUCCUGACUCCUAGAAAAUAGAUUACCCGGAAUGCCAACGCUGCCAGAUAUUCUCACCUAUAUCGUGGCGUUUAUCCAUUCGUGUACCCCAAGCCUAAGCCCGACUUCAACCAGGUGAUAUGGCAAGAGGAUGUUGAUGAGCGUCUGAGAUGGGGAACUAGUGAGGCCAUCAAACUCGGACUCGUUAAGGCUGGAGAUACUAUCAUUGCUGUCCAAGGAUGGAGGGGAGGAUUGGGUAACACCAACACGUAUGUGGAUCACUUUGUUAUGUUCUGCUUUCGGCUCCUCUGCGACUCCCUCUUUUCCCAUUCUCUCCUCAUAGCAAUAUUCAGGAAAGAGGGAAGGAGUCAGGGCAGGUUUGACUUUUUGAGGUGGACACUGAUUCUUGAUACUUAGUCUCCGCGUUCUGAAUGCCAAAGAAUGAAAAUCUCACACGUGGAAUAAACUACCCACCAGCAAUAGUAGGGAUUAAUGGGCGUGAUAAGUACUGCAAUAAUAACUUGUGUAGUAUUUCUAGUGCUUGUGGAUCUUCAUUGAUAGUUUCCAACUGUUCUGAUUAGGUGCAAUUAAAUUUUCAUCGGCUCACUGAUUGUGCGCUCUGAU